AUGUCCGCACUAAACGAUGAAUAUCUCGAUGUUGAGGAAAUGGAUGCGUAUUACCGCGAAACAGAAGAUCAAGGAGAAGAUGAAGAAGAAGAUGAAGAGGGUUUCGUAGGUACCUUGGGAACUUCGGUGGAGAUAGGAGAAGUACGGCCGUACAUGUUCGAUCCUGAGGCGUUGCCCGGGCGAAACAACCCCCAAGACGAAGUGGUGCAGCCUGAGUAUGAGGAUCCAAACUGGAGAAGUAACCUGGACGAUUGGUGUACUUGUGGGAAUUGCCAGGUUGAAGAGAAAGUCUCUGAGAGAGUUUGCUGCCAGGAGUCGCCUAAAUGCAGAGACAAACUCAGUGAGGAAGUCUGCCGCCCAUCGUCAGGACUGACCAUUCCAAGGGAUUGCAUCACCCAGCAUCGUGGUUUUGGACCGGUUUGCUUGGACAAUGAUGUUCUGUCUACAGCAUGGAGGCAGUACAAAAGCCAAUACCCUGAUGGAUAUGAGGGUCCCUACGACAAAAAGAUGAGACACAUAGCCUACCGUCAGCACCAGCGAUGGGUACAUGGGUUCCUUGGGAAGGAUGUGAGGGUGGUGAUACCAUCGUGUGCAACAUCGUGCAUCAGGGCACACUAUCCACCCCCGGGAUUAGAGGAGGAUUUCCGUUUUACUGGGUUCUCGUAUGGAGACAGCAGUCCAGAUGCAAGCCCAAGGUCGAGCCCAAGAUCAAGUCCAAGGCCACAAGCACAUCUUUUGAUGAACAUUCUCGUCUUCAUUGCAAUAUGCAUCUACCUGUUUGUUUAGAACUGCAGACACCAUCUAGCU